CUACCCUUAAGAGCUGAGAAUCCUUUCCCUCUUUGUGAAUCCAAACGAUUUACUCAACUCGUGGGCUGUAUUUUCAGAUCGCCGUCAGCGGAUGGGUGAAAGCUCGAUGGGAGCGGUGGUGCCGGCCGCGGACAAGGCGGAGCUAAAAGGAGAUGAUGCUCUGGCGUUCGCGAUGGCGGAGAAGGAAUUGCUUUGCCCAAUAUGUAUGCAGAUUAUAAAGGACGCUUUCUUGACCGCCUGCGGCCAUAGCUUCUGCUAUAUGUGCAUUGCCACUCAUCUCGAGAACAAGAGCGACUGCCCUUGCUGCGCUGAAUUCCUUACCCCUUCUCAACUCUUCCCUAAUUUCCUUCUCGACAAGCUCUUGAAGAAGAAAUCUGCACAUCAACUAUCAAAAACUGCAUCUCCUGUAGAACAAUUUCGUCAGUCAUUGGAACAGGGUUGUGAAGUGUCAAUAAAGGAGUUAGACUCUCUAUUGUCUCUGGUGGCAGAGAAAAAGAGAAAAUUGGAACAAGAAGAAGCAGAGAGAAACAUGCAAAUUCUGCUUGACUUCUUACACUGCUUAAGGAAGCAAAAAGUUAAUGAACUCAAUGAGGUGCAAAAUGACCUCCAUUAUAUCAAAGAAGACUUAAAUGCUGUGGAAAGACAUAGGAUAGAGCUUUACCGAGCAAGAGACAGGUGUUCAGUUAAACUGCAGAUGCUCUCUGAUGAUCCUGUGGGAAUGAGAUCCCGAUCUUCUUCAAUGGAUAAAAAUAUUUCAGGUGUUUUAUGCAACUCUUGCAGUAUACAAGGAGGAGUAAACUCAGCGAACUUCCAGUACAAGAAAGAUGAGGGAAAUGUUCAGGUUAACCCCCUUGGAACCCAGAGCAAGGAUGCUUCUCUUAGUGGGCCAACUUCACAACAUAUAAGUCAAUCUGGUUUAGCUGUAGUGCGGAAAAAGCGCGUUCAUGCACAGUUUAAUGAUCUUCAAGAGUUUUACUUACAAAAGAGACGACGGAUGAUCAACCAUUUGGAGAACCAAGAAAAGAAAGAUAAGGCUAUUGUUACUAGAGAAGGUUAUAGUUCUGGUCUAGCAGAUUUUCAGUCAGUUCUGAGUACGUUCACUCGGUACAGUCGAUUACGAGUAAUUGCGGAACUUAGGCAUGGGGAUCUCUUUCAUGCAGCCAAUAUUGUAUCAAGUAUAGAGUUUGAUCGCGAUGAUGAGCUGUUUGCCACUGCUGGAGUUUCGCGGCGCAUUAAAGUUUUCGAUUUCUCUACAGUUGUAAAUGAACCUACAGAUGUGCACUGCCCUGUUGUGGAGAUGGCAACUCGAUCUAAACUUAGCUGCUUAAGCUGGAACAAAUUCACCAAAAAUCAUAUAGCCAGUAGUGAUUAUGAGGGAAUAGUAACUAUUUGGGAUGUAACUACACGACAGAGUGUUAUGGAAUAUGAGGAGCAUGAAAAACGUGCAUGGAGCGUUGAUUUUUCCAAAACUGAACCAUCAAUGCUUGUGUCUGGUAGUGACGACUGCAAGGUUAAAGUGUGGUGCACAAAGCAAGAAGCUAGUGUCCUCAACAUUGACAUGAAGGCAAACAUAUGCUGUGUGAAGUUUAAUCCUGAAUCUAGCAAAUGUGUUGCGGUUGGUUCUGCCGAUCAUCAUAUCCAUUACUAUGAUUUAAGAAAACCUUGCCAUCCUCUUCACGUGUUCAGUGGCCAUAAAAAAACUGUCUCGUAUGUAAAGUUUUUGUCCAACAAUGAGCUUGCUUCUGCAUCAACAGACAGUACUCUGCGAUUGUGGGAUGUGAAUGAAAACUUGCCUGUUCGUACAUUUAGAGGGCACACCAAUGAGAAGAACUUCGUUGGUCUCACCGGUAACAAUGAGUUUCUAGCUUGUGGCAGCGAAACAAAUGAAGUGUUUGUCUACCACAAGGCAAUCUCCAAACCUGCGACAUGGCAUAGAUUUGGAUCGCCCGAUGUUGAAGACAGUGAAGAAGAUGCAGGAUCUUACUUCAUCAGUGCAGUGUGUUGGAAGAGUGAAAGCCCCACCAUGUUAGCUGCCAACAGCCGAGGAACAAUCAAGGUGCUCGUCCUCGCUGCUUGAGUUGUAAAGUCAUUGUUUAUGGAUAACUGGCCAAAAUAAAUAAAAUUUAGAGAAUAAAACCUGCGUCAUCCGAGUUUGAAUAUAAUUGUUUUGUGAUUACUGCGUGUUUAGUACAAGAGCGACGAGCAAUAGUAAUGCAAGAUUCAUAUGAUCUGGUAAG